UGUGUGAAUGACAAAGAGCGAAGUUUUCUAAAUGACACAUCGGAGGUGUGGUUGAAAAUUUAUAAAGUUAACUGUUUAUCAGAGUGACAAGUGAGUUGCAAACGCUGUACUACGCCAGCCAAGAGCUUUAAUUAACCAAUACAAUUGGCAUAUAUAACAAAAGCGCAGUCAACAUGACAGGCAGGCUACCGGCAUGCGUAAUUGAUGUGGGCACCGGAUACUCUAAAUUGGGAUUUGCUGGCAACAAGGAGCCACAAUUCAUUAUUCCAUCGGCAAUUGCGAUUAAGGAGUCGGCACGCGUGGGCGACACUAAUACGCGCCGCAUCACAAAAGGCAUUGAGGAUUUAGACUUUUUUAUAGGCGAUGAAGCCUUUGAUGCCACUGGUUACUCUAUCAAAUAUCCUGUACGUCAUGGUCUUGUGGAAGAUUGGGAUCUUAUGGAGCGUUUUCUGGAGCAGUGUAUAUUCAAGUAUCUGCGGGCCGAGCCUGAAGAUCAUUACUUUUUGCUUACCGAGCCGCCACUAAAUACCCCUGAAAACCGUGAAUAUACGGCUGAGAUUAUGUUUGAAACCUUUAAUGUGCCUGGUCUCUAUAUAGCGGUGCAGGCAGUGCUUGCACUGGCCGCCAGCUGGGCUUCGCGUUCUGCUGAAGAGCGCACACUCACAGGCAUUGUAGUGGAUAGCGGUGAUGGUGUGACACACGUCAUACCCGUGGCUGAGGGCUAUGUGAUUGGCUCUUGCAUCAAGCAUAUACCGAUAGCAGGUCGCAAUAUUACUUCUUUUAUACAAAGUUUGUUGCGUGAACGCGAGGUGGGCAUACCGCCCGAACAGAGUUUAGAGACAGCGAAAGCCAUAAAGGAGAAACACUGCUACAUCUGUCCAGACAUUGCCAAAGAGUUUGCUAAGUAUGAUGCGGAGCCUAGCAAGUGGAUACGCAACUUUACAGGCCAAAAUACGGUUACGCAGCAACCAUUCAGCGUUGAUGUGGGCUACGAGCGCUUCCUUGGUCCAGAGAUAUUCUUUCAUCCAGAAUUCUCGAAUCCUGACUUCACCAUACCGCUCUCCGAAAUCGUUGACAAUGUCAUACAAAACUGCCCCAUUGAUGUGCGUCGACCACUUUACAACAAUAUUGUGCUAAGCGGCGGCUCCACAAUGUUUAAGGACUUUGGACGUCGUCUGCAGCGUGAUAUAAAACGUUCCGUAGACACUCGCUUGCGCAUCAGCGAGAAUUUAUCCGAGGGACGUAUUAAGCCAAAACCCAUUGAUGUGCAGGUGAUUACCCAUCACAUGCAACGCUAUGCCGUCUGGUUUGGAGGCAGCAUGCUGGCUUCAACGCCCGAAUUCUAUCAGGUGUGUCACACAAAGGCUGCUUAUGAGGAAUACGGACCCAGCAUUUGUCGUCAUAAUCCCGUAUUUGGCACAAUGACAUAAUCCAGAAUCAAAAUGCUUCCCCUGCCUAUUUUAUUAUGCUAUAAUUAAUUAUGAUUUUGCAUUUUCGUUUUCAUCAUUUUCCAAGCUAUAUAGUAUUGCUAUAUGUUAAGCUCUAAAUUUGUUUUGUAAACACUUUGGCUCUAUAUAUUCUUUGCAAUUUUGUGUGAUUCUAAUUUUGAAUUAAGCUAAAAGAUCUUUAUAAAAAUAAUCUAACAAAUGUCUGCCAGUUGAAGUUUUUUCAUUUAAACUCUGAAAAAAUUAUAGAAAUCUAUACGCGCUGUAUCAAAUGAUCAAAAAUGAAUGAUUCAUUUACAGCUCAACACGCAAAAAAACACACACACACACACACACUCACAUUUAUAUAUGAAAUUGUACUUGUAAUAGUAAUAUUUAUAUACAUAGUAUUGCAGAAUGGUUUAUAUGUAAAAGUGAGAGAAAAGAAAAUCCCAAAAUUAAUUGAUUGAUGAAAAUGAAAAUCUGUUUGUUAUAUUGAUAAGCGUAACUGAAAAAAAUGCAUUCAUUUAAUCAAUAAAACAUUCUAUAAGCUCAA